AGCGAUUGGCGAGCCGGUGAGGUUGGAGUGGUUCAGUCCUCAGGGCGAGCGCAUCCUUCCCUCCAAGCGGAUGGCUCUUCACUCUGAAACGUCACGAUCCAGACUCAUCAUCUACAACGCCAUCAUCGAGGACGCGGGGAUCUACCGCUGCCAGGCCACGGACGCUAAUGGACACACGGAGGAGGCCUCGGUGGUGCUGGAGAUCUACCAGAGGCUCACGUUUCGAGACGUUCAGUCGCCGCAGGAGUUUCGUCACGGAGAGACGGCGGAGGUGGUCUGCGACGUGAUCAGCUCCCCGGUGCCCGUGGUGGUGUGGUACUACCAGGACAAGGAGAUCACCGAGGAGCACCACAGCAGGUUUCAGGUGCUGCCGAACAACAACCUUCAGAUCCAUCAGGUGACCAAAGCGGACGAGGGUGUGUAUCGCUGCGAGGCGAGCGUCGAGGCCCGCGGAGAAAUCGACUUUGUGGACAUCGCCAUGGUCGUCAACGUCCCUCCGGUGCUCUCGGUGUUUCAGCCGGCCUUCAACGCCACCGCUGACUACCAGGAAUCAGUGACCUUCACCUGCAUGACCUCUGGAUCACCUGACCCUCUGGUCACAUGGCACAGGAAAGGGCAGCAGCUGGAGCCUUCGGAGCAGUAUAUUAUCGCCCGUCUGGAGGGAGGACGGAGCAUGUUGACGAUCCGUAACAUCCGCCAGGGAGACGGAGGAACCUACACCUGCAGAGCCACCAACAAGGCGGGGUCUCAGGAGAGGGAGAUCUUCCUCAAAGUGUUCGUCCAGCCCCACAUCACGCAGCUGAAGAACGUGACGGCGGUGGAGGGCAGCGCCGCCAUGAUCUCAUGCGGGGCGGAGGGCGAGCCGCUGCCCGACAUCUCCUGGAGGAGAGCGAGCGACGGGAAGGCCUUCACGGACGGAGACAAGAGUCAGGAUGGACGCUUUGAGGUGCGCGGACGUCACGGGAAGUCGGUGUUGACCAUCAGCGGCGUGAAGCUCACAGAUUUGGGUCGCUUUGACUGUGAGGCGCUGAGCCGGAUCGGAGGCCAUCAGAAGAGCAUGUUCCUGGAUAUAGAGUAUAUCCCAAAGCUCCUGAGCAACCACACCAUCUUCUACUCGUGGGAGGGCAACGCGGUGAACAUCAGCUGCGACGUGAUGUCCAACCCUCCGGCCACCAUGCUGUGGAGGAGAGAGAGGUUCACCAUCUCUGCAGAGGGCACGACCAACACCAGGGUGCACAGCGCCGAGGGCAAGUCUGUGCUGGAGGUGACUCCGAUGUCCGACAGAGACUUUGGACGCUACAACUGCACGGCGAGGAACAACAUCGGGGUUCGAUACCAGGAGUUCAUUCUGGCGCAGGCAGACGUCCCAUCCAAUCCGUACUCGGUGCGUCUCUCAGCUGUUUCCCAGCGUUUAGCCACCGUCACCUUCAUGAAACCAGACUCCCAUGGAGGCGUUCCCAUCAGCUUCUACCUGGUCCAGUACAAAGACGUGGGGUCUCAGGAGUGGAAGGACGUGAAGUCUCACAGCAUCCAGACGACGGUGGUUCUGACGGCGCUGGAGCCCAACACCACCUACGAGGUCCGAGUGGCAGCCGUCAACGGGAAGGGUCAGGGAGAGUUCAGCCACACGGAGAGCUUCCAGACUCUUCCCAUCCGAGAGCCCAGUCCUCCGGCGGUCCACGGGCAGAGAGGGAUGGGUAAGGCCUACAGGCUGGGUCUGGUGAAGCAGGACGACGGAGGGAUGCCCAUCGUGGAAUACAUCGUCAAGUACAGGACCGAUAAAGAAGAGCAGUGGAUGACCAAGCUAGUCCCGGGAAUGAAUGAUUUCGCCAUGUUGCAGCCGCUGCAGUGGAACACCAGAUAUGAAGUGGAAAUAACGGCACGAAACGUCAAGGGUCUGUCGGAGCCCAGCUUCUAUCAGUUCUUCAUGCCACAGAAACCUGACAUUACAGCAGAAUCCCUGUUCAGCGGCCUGGGGCUGGGCACGGUGGUGGGGCUGGGCCUGGGGGCGCUGCUGGUCCUCCUGGUGCUGGUGGACGUGGGCUGCUUCUUCCUACGUCACUGCGGCCUCCUGAUGUGCAUCACACGCUCCGUCUGCAGCAAGAAGACCUCCACCAGCGGCAAGGGGAAGGAGAUCGAGGAGGGGAAAGCCGCCUACCUGAAACUACCGCUGAAGGAAGAAAAUGGAAAAGAGUCUCUCAAGCCGGAUAUGAUUGAAAUCAAAGUGCACGGUGACAACUUCAUCCACACAAAGCUCGACGACAGCAAAGCGUAAAAAGAGGGGGUGGCGACCAAAAGAACAUUCGGAUCACAAGACCAAAACCCAGAGAAAAAAGUGGAGUAAAACACCAUAUCUGUUUAUAACAAUGCCCCAGUGACAGGCAUGUGUAAAUACAAAUAAUAGGGAGAAAAUAGCGAGGAAGGGUCAACCUUUUUAGACACCCUGAGUGAUAAAUGUAUCAUGUUCUUAAAAAACAUGGCGAAGGCUGUCAAUGAUUGUAUUUUGUUGGUAUCAUAAGUACGUUUUGUUUUACAGCCCAUAUAAGACUACCAUAAGUAAAUUAUGCAUCCCUCUUUAUGACUUCUUACACAAUGCUCCUGCUUUUUAGUUUUCUCACAGCGAGUGCAUUGUUCGACCCUCACCGCGGGAUUAUUAUUAUUAUUAUUUAAUCGCCUGUUUCCAUGCCUGAGUGUUAGACUACAGCAGCCUUUGUAUGCCUUGUGAUAGCCCGGCAAUGUGUGCGGCAAACGCUGAGGCAUUGUGUUUCCAGCUAGCUAAAAUGGGGUUUGAUUGGUUCAGGUAAAUGUUACAGGAGGCAUUUGUUCCUCUACAUUUCAAACAGGACCUAGGGGGUUAAUUAUUAUGAUGAAUUUGGUCUUUAUAUUUCAGGAAUAAUGCUUUCUGAAGGGCUAAGAGCACACUGUUAGCAAAGCCUUUUAUAUUGACACUGGAUGUUUUGUUCAUGUUCAAACAGCGUUGAAAGUAUCCUGGCGUCAUGUAAUAGUUGCUGGGUGAAUGUUAAGGCAUGGGAACAAACGAGAAAAAGGUCUGCUGACGAGAAAUACAUCGACAUGUUGAUUUUUUAUAUUGAUUUCUUUAUUCAUUCCUGUCUCAGAUCUGCCUCCAUUUUUGAGAAAAAUACUUUUGGUUGUCGGUCUGAUCCGCUACUCUCUCUGAUGUUGUCAUGUGUUGUACAUAGGUGGAAAAAAAAGAAUAUUUUACAGAGCUUUUAUGUAAAUAUACCCUAAAUGAUGUGUCUUUUUUCAAAAUGCAACAGGUAUGGCUUUUUUUGUGAACGCCCCUCAGAUGAAAAAGCUGUUUUAUUGUUUAUUUUCUUCCUCUGUUGUGCUUUUGGUCAGAAGUUCAGUGAUGGUAUAAUAUUGCUUUUUCAAGUCAUUUGCUUUCCAUGUCCUAAGGCUAUUUCAAUGGAGACAGUAAUUACGGCAUUAGUGUGCCUUCUCUAUUUUCGUUUCCCCCCCCCCCCCUUCGUGGCCCAAUGCCUCUUCAAAUGAGUUUUUCAUCGUGCUGCUUUGUCACCACAGAAUGUGUCAGAAGAUUGCAUUUUAUUGUGGUGCUGUGAAUUCUGGGAAAUGUAGUCUUAGGAUUGUGGAUUGUAGUUGACGACACUGGACUGAAACGGACGAGGUUAACUACCU